ACGGCUACACUUUUUGUGAACUUAUCUUAUGAGAUGCAUCAAAGUAAUUGUAUUUCGUGGAGUAUCAAGUGGUAAUGUUUUCGGUUGGUUUUUUACUGGGCUACCUGAAGAAAUCCUCUCUACAGUUUGUACUAGUAAUCAGUGGUGUCUCGGCUGUAAGGAAUUCCUUGUAGUGGCGGUUGGAAUCAAAGAGAUGCUCAUAGAUGUUACUGGGGAGGACAGAGGACACGAGUGGUUAGAGGAAUUACCUACAGACGUGGUUGUUGUUCUUACUUGGAUAGAUGUUGCAGUUCCAAACUGUUCCUUUCUGGGGAGUCAGAUCAUCAUUUUUAUAACGAUUAGUAUAUCUCCAAAUGAAGAAGAUUAUACUCUAUGUUUGCAGUUUAAAGUAGGGUUAACUGGUAAUGGAGUUCCUUAUGUUAGACUGUUACAAGUUAAGGGCAAGAUGACGAAAGCAAUUAUGAAGUAUACUGUGAAUGCUAUUUUCAAAUUGGUUACUGCUCGUCAAUACUUCCCUUGUUACAGUUCAUUGUUGAAUUUGUUAUUGCAAAGCAAGAACUGUUAUGGAAGAGUGGGAUUCUGCAAAACAAGAGUGGACAGCAUAGAGAAGCUUGUAAAGACUAAUGGUGGGAAAAGCAAAUGGUAUGAGCUGCUCAGUCGAAUGUGUAUAGAAGCUGUUGGUGACGAGAGUUGGAUAAUGAUAGUGGUUUGUACUGGUGGUAUAAGGUCCUUUUGGAGUCAGUUGCGGCAAAAGGAAUUCAGGGCGUUAGAGGAAUUCUUGACGCACAUUGUGGUUUCAACUCCAAAUACAGCUAAGUAUCUCAUCACCAAGAUGAGUUGCAACCUGGGCACUGUUAGAACUGCUGGUACUGGCUCAUUUGAUAAGUUCAGUAACGGAGACUCAAUUCUUUGGGUUUUCUGGGCUUGCUACAAAAAUAUCAGUAUACUCAAAGGUGCUCAUACAGUCACUGCUAACACCAUUUUGGGGUUUUUAUUCAUGGAUGCGAGUGGUGUUUUUACUAGUAUCUACCCAGACAUGAGUUCAGCUUAUGUGGGCCUUGAUGUUGAAGAUUAUAUGGGUUUCAUCUCUUGUUGUGUCCGUGAACAAGCUGCAACAACUAUGUAUCUUUUCAGCCCCUCCCAUUUUAUUUUAAUUUAUGCCAUCCUUGAGGACAAGGAUGAUUUGAAGGGGUGGAAUUUGUCAUGUCCCAUGUAUUAUAGGGCACCCAUGUAUAAGGGCAUCCUGGGUGUACUUAGUAUUGUUAGCACACGUGAGACACAUGUGCCAUUCCAUUACACUAAUAUGUAUCGGGACUGUUUUCCUUGGGAGAUUAUCGAAUAUAAUUGUUAUUGUUGUGUUUCCUUCUUCCCUCAAUUGAGAUGUUCUGGCAGAUUUUCUCCAUCAGACAUAAUUUCUGCAUCUGACACAUCUACUGCAGCAUCUGACACACCUACUACAAUAUCUGACAUAGUUUCUUCAUCUGACACAGUUUAUGAAUCUAUACAUGUUGAUGUUUCUGACAUACUUUCUUCUACUUCACCCUCAGUAUCUCCAGCAUCUGUCUCAGCUACUACUUAUACUUCUUUUCCAAUGCUAACUAGAGGAAAAUCGAGUAUCUUCAGACCCAAAGUUUUUAGCACAAAGCAUGUCUUGUCUGCUAAUUUGACUACUGUUAUACCACCUUCAACUCAUACCUGUUUCUCAAAGGAAAUCAAGAAUCCAAAUUGGAAACACUUAAUGGUUGAUGAAUACACUGCUUUAAAGGAUGCAGACUUAACUGAAGUAGUUUAUAUGAAGCAAGCACCUGGUUUUGUGGAUGAAUCUGAGCCCAAUCAUGUUUGCAGACUUUACAAAUAUAUCUAUGGCUUGAAACAGACACCUAAGGCAUGGUAUGAAAAACUAUUGACUGUUCUGGUUUCUCAUAGCUUUCAACCUUCAUUUGUUGAUUCAUCUUUGUUUGUACAGAAAUAUGGAUCUAGAAUCACCAUUAUCCUACUUAAAGAACACUUUCCUAUCAAGGAUUUAGGGUCACUUCACUAUUUUCUUGGUCUUGAGGUGAAGAGGAACACUUAUUUCUCACCAAAUGAGAAUGUUAAUAGAGACAAGUCUGUAAACCUGAUUGUCCCGUGA